AUGCUCGAUAAAAUGAAAUCCAGCCUGCACCAAAGUCUCCCACCUCUGACUUUCCAGUUGCUGACCGACAACUUGACGCAGCUCGCAACAUUCGACUGUUUUCAUUAUAUUCGCUGGGUAAAAAAGGAGAUCAUUGCCAUCCUCGUCGUCUUAGGCAGUGCGAGCUUUCUUGGAUGGGCCCUCAGCGCAUCCUUCGUCCUCGAAACGAGAGGCUUUAACGUGAUUCUCCAUGGGCGGGACGAACAGGAUCUACUAACCGCCAUGACUAUUCUAAAGAACAUCAACGUUGACGCUCUCUAUCCAACACAACUCUUUCGCACUCUUCUUCCGACCCUAAUUGACAACUGUCCGUCUCUUUUAAUGAACAUCACCUCCCUAAGCGACAAAGGCAUCCCACCCAAAAUCGCAACCUCAGCAAGCCGGACAUUCCUUUCUAGAAUGACCGAAUCCUUGGCUCUGGAAAUGAAACUCGAGGGCUACGACGUUGAAGCCUUGUGUGUACGGGUGUCGAGACAUAUGGGUCAAACGGACAGCACUCUUGCCAAAGCAAUCAUUGCGAGAGUCGGUAACCGCCGGAGUGUUGUUGUCGGUCAUUGGUAUCAGUUUCUUUACAAAGGUCUAAUCGAUUUGCUUCCUGGAUGGCUAGAUAACGAAUCCAAGGGAAGUUAAACAUUUCCUUUUCCUCUCUAUCCCCUUCUCUACUCCUUUCUAUUCUUCAAUAACAGUUGUGGGUGUUAUGCCUGCAUACCUGUCUUCCCCAUGAAAGAGUUCUUCCUUGCUACUAUCUCCGUCCCUUCCCCCCAAUUCUUCCCUCGGAUAUUUAUAGUGAUGUCGCCUAAAGCUGAUCGUAGGUGGCUCGAUCGAAACAGGCGUUUUAUUGCGAGUAAAAUGCCAAUGGCCAAGAUAUGUAACAAUCAAAGCACUGCGGAAUAAUGCUUGCCUACGGAAAUCGAUCGCAGUUGAUGAAAAUUCUGAAACCGCUGGUCGUUCAGACAGGGCGGAUGAAGCUGCGUAAACCUUCACGGCAAUUGGCGAAAAGUUGCUGAUUAUGCGCUGUCAUGCAUACGCAAAAUGCAUGAUUGAGCCCUGCAAAUCAGUAAAGUUAUGCACGGUCCACCACUGUAUUUUCGCUGACGCUGAUGGUGGGUUU